CAAGGCAGGGACGAUGCUGCAGAGCUUCGAAGAUUUGCAAAACGCAGGUUGGCUUUCCUGAACAAACCAGGUUUUGACCGAUUUGGAAAGAACAAGCUUUUUGUCCCAUUAUUAAAAUGGGAGGCUUUUAGAAAUGACGUUGUAAAUAUUCGAGACUACUGCAGAGAUUAUGAAACUGCUUAUAAUACACUUCAAGCAUCGAUUGAGAGGGAUGAAAAUACAAACGAAAUUGUACAAGCACGUCAGACAGCUGAAAUUCAAGUUACCAAAGAAAAAGAAAGACUCGAAGAGGCCAGGAGAGUUGCACUCACUGAGAAGGAGGCUUAUGUCCCGGCCAUCAAAGAACUUGAAUCAAGCAUGGACGGCUAUUUGGCACAAGCACGUGCGCUCCUGGCGGAUGUAAACGAACAAGCACAAUUCACCCAGGAAGACAUGUUUGCAGURCUUCAAGGCGCUACUGGGUUUCUCAGUGCCGCCGCAGGAGAUGAUCCAUUCGGAGCUCUUGGUGCUGCUAUUGAAACAGCUGAACACUUUGCUACACAGUGCAACGCCGGUACCUUACAGGACAAUCUGGGUCAUCUUACAAACUGGCUAAAUUUUGGUAAGGCUUACCAGAAGUUGGAGGAUUCCAGCGACCUUGAUUUUGAUACAAUGGACGUUGGAUCAGUGCCAGAAAUGAUGCAGGCUAAUCUUGAAAUGAAUAAGGAGGGCCUCACAGCAGACCUCGUGUGCCUGCUUGAAGAGCGUCUGCCACCAAACGCCGUGGCAAAAUUUAAAGAGCAGCUCGAACGGUUUUUUAUCGCUGGAGCUGCAAGGAUUGAUCUGAUCGCAAAGGUCAUCGAUUUAGACAAUGAGAUUGGUGGAUACAACUUUGACAUACCAAACUUGGAAGAGACAGCAAGUGAGCUUGAAAUGUUACGAAACGUUGGAGAUUCUCCAUUGGAAGACCAGGUCCAACAGAUGUUUCUUGACAAUCUCUUAACUUCUUAUCAGAAGAUGGAAGCCAGUUUUUCAAAAAAUCUAUACUUGUUUUACAAAAGUUUCGAGUUCCGUACACUAUGGGAUGAAACUCAAAGGCUGGCUUCUUUUGAGCGGACUGCGAGCGAAGCAGCUGCUGGCAAUGGACAACUACAGGGCGUUGUGCAACUAAACAAUGCUCUUCAGGAAAUUGAUGACCUCGAAAGCCGAUCACGGAAGUGUUUCACUAAGUUUGAGGAUAUUGAUCGCAUUCAUAAGUGGGAAUUUAACAACGAAAACCACACUGCACUUUUUGAAGAUCUUCAUCGAGGUAAAGCAAAAUUACAUUUAGGUAUGGAAGAGAGCUGUGAAACGUGCUACAAUGUCCGUCUUCUGAAGAUGUACAUUGAGCUAUAUGGAGACAAUACCCAAGGAGACAAUAACAUGCCAUUGAUGGUCCACUUAAAAGCGAGACAUGGAAGCGCUUCAUACUUCAAAGAUGGUUCUGGUCACAUCAAACACUUUCGUCAGAAGCUAUCAUUAGAAACUUCUUGGCAUAAACUUGUAUUCAACCGAUUGACGAUAACAAACCCAGACAAGUGUGAAGAGCAAUUACGGCAAGGAAUCAUUGAUUCUUCAUUUUGCAUGACCAAAGAUGACUCUCGUUUUGAAUCCAUGUGCUGCCACUUCCUUAGUGGCACGCCGUGUGAUGAUGCUCAGUCUGGAUCUGCUGAAUGCCAGAGUUUAUUUGGAACUUACGACAUGGAAAUACCUAUAAAUGAGAAUGCUGAAUGUGGUGGCUCACUGCUACCAGACAAGAAUUGUAAAAAUUUCGAUAGAUCCAUCUACACCAAGAUGAAUGUUUGGUUUCAUUUUAUGUACUGGAGUGACGCCUAUCCAUCAUCUCCUAAUGAUCCAAGAUGCAGUGUCAAUGGAAAGAAAAGAGACGAAGUAAAUCAUGUUGCAGCAGGACACCUAAAAUCGCGCCUAACUUUGACUCACCGAACUUUGAAAUCCUCUCACAGAAAAGGGAAAUAAAGAGAUCCAUCUACGCCAAGAUGAAUGUUUGGUUUUAUUUGAUGUACUGAAGCGAUUCCUAUCCCUCAUCUCCUAAUGAUCCGAGAUGCAGCGCUGAAGCAAAGAAGAGAGACGACGUGAAUCAUGUUGGAGCACACCUGAAAUUGCGCCUUACUUUGGCUCACCGACCUUUGAACACCUCUCACAGAAAAGGGAAAUAAAGGUAGAUAAAGAUUCAUUUGUCUCAAGGCCACAAAAGAAGGA